AUGCAGCGUGUUCAGGGCCUCUGGCCCAUCACGCGCCCUAUAUUCAGUUCGCGGUCGGCUGCCAUCGCAGUGGUAGUACCAACUCGACCGCUAUCAACGACAGCAACGAGGCACAAUGCAACAUCCGAACCACAUGUUGACGAAGUGACCGAUGUGUUGAUUAUUGGCUCUGGAGCUGGCGCCCUCACGGCCAGCCUGCGAGCAACAAAACUCGGCCUACGCAACAUUGUUGUCGAGAAAGAAGAAAUAAUUGGGGGCGCCUCAGCUAUAUCGGGCGGAGGGCUGUGGAUUCCCUGUAACCCUGUUUCUAGGGCGGCUGGGAUCCAUGACUCGGAAGAAAAAGCCAUGUUAUACUUCGAACAAGCCGUUGGAGAGGUUGGUCCGGCUUCAUCUAUCGAGAAAAGGAAAGCCUACAUCACCAAUGGACCCAAGAUGGUCGAAUUUCUUCAACAACAAGGGUUCCAAUUCCACUUUGCUAGAGGCUAUCCUGACUAUUACCCAGCCAUGUCAGGCGCAAUGGGCCAGGGCGGCGGUCGAACCAUAGAAACUAAGCCUUUCAACGUCAAUAAGCUCAAAGACUGGCAGUCCAAACUGCCCCCUACCCUAGUCCCUGUGGCUAUCCAUACCAACGACGUGCCUGUAUUUGCACGAGCCACUUCUUCUUUGAGUGCUUUCUUUUAUGCCUUUCGCAAAAUUCUACCACUCGUCGCCAAAGCGCUCGCAGGCCAGAAGCUCGCCAGCAUGGGACGAGGCUUGGUAGCGCAGCUGUUGUAUCUAAACCUCAAGCAUCAGGGUGGUGAUAUCCGCAUCAGAACAAGCCUCUCCAGUCUCAUCCAGAGUCCAGCGGGCGAUGUACUGGGUGCCCAAGUCAGGUCGCCUGAAGGUUUGAGAAGCAUUCGAGCAACGCGAGGAGUGGUCCUCGCUGCAGGGGGAUUUGCACACAACCGUGAGAUGCGACAGCGUUUCAUGCCCCAGCCGGCCAGCACUGAGUGGACAAACUCACCCGCGGGAGACACAGGCGAUGCUAUUCAAGAAGGUAUGCGCAUCGGCGCAAAGACAGCAUUACUGGAUGAUGCCUGGUGGGGGCCCACUGUGGUCGAUCCCGUUAGUGGACAGAAUUCUUUUGCCUUGAUAGAACGGGCACAGCCGCAUUCUUUUAUUGUGGAUUCAACCGGCAGUCGUUUCAUGAACGAGGCCCAGAGUUACACCGACGCAGGCCACGAUCAGUAUGCUCGAAACCAGCAGGUCAAGGCUAUUCCUGCCUGGCUUAUCAUUGAUUCAAACCAUCGCAAUAAAUAUAUGCUCGCAGGGCUGUUUCCACGGGUCAAACCCUCAAAAAAGGCUCUAUCUGAAGGCAAGAUUUUCCAGGCUGCAUCUAUCAAAGACUUGGCACGUCAGAUCGGCGUAGAUGCAGUAGGCCUAUCUUCUACUACCGAACGCUUUAACAACAUGUGCAUCAAGGGGGUUGACGAGGACUUUGGAAGAGGCACUUGUGCUUAUGACCAGUUCUUCGGUGAUCCCACUUGCCGCCCUAAUCCAAAUCUAGGCCCUCUGAAUAAAGCACCGUAUUACGCGAUAAGGAUCUGGCCUGGGGACCUCGGGACAAAGGGAGGACUCGUGACUGACGAGUUCCAACGAGUACUCAAUCAACAAUUGCGGCCGAUUUCUGGCCUCUUUGCCAUUGGCAAUACAGCAGCUAGCAUUAUGGGACGUACUUAUCUAGGCGCCGGGUCAACUCUGGGACCGGCAAUGACACAUGGAUAUAUUGUGGCUAGCUACCUAGCUGGCUUGAGCUCUUAG